AUGUAUUUAACUUCAGUAAAACCAAGCUUUACAAAGUUCAUUGCGGGCACAGCAGGCAUUGCAGCACGCAGAACGAUGGGUACUACUACUACAUUUAAAUCGUUCGUGUACUCUACGCACGACGCCGCGGAUGCUACCAAGGUUUUAUCGGUGCACCAAUACCAGCCAAAGAACCUGGACAAGUUGGUCAUAUUGCGUACACUGGCGUUCCCCGUCAACCCAUCGGACAUCAACCAGUUAGAAGGGGUGUACCCUUCGAAGCCCGAGAAAACGCUGGAACUGGGCACCAAGGAUCCCAGUGCCAUUGCCGGAAACGAAGGUGUCUUCGAAGUAGUCCAUGUGCCGAGCAAUGUCAAGGAUCUCACCCGAGGAGAUAUAGUGAUUCCACUGCAAGCAAAUUUCGGGACAUGGUCGAGCUACCGGACCUGCACCGAUGCUUCGCAAGUGGUUAAAGUUGAAGGCUGCGACAAGUUCGCAGCAGCGUCGAUUGCAGUGAACGGGUGCACCGCGUACCAGAUGCUGAGCAACUACGUGAACUGGGAUCCUAAUGGAAACGACUGGUUGGUCCAGAAUGCCGGCACGUCGUGGGUGUCGAGACUGGUGACCCAGAUGGCCAAGUUGCAGAACAUCAAGACCCUCAGUAUCAUCCGGGACAGAGACAACUUUGAGGAGGUAGCCCACGAACUGGAAUCGAGAUUUGGCGCAACCAAGGUCAUCUCAGAGUCCCAGAACAAUGACCGGGAAUUCAGUCAAAACGAACUGCCCAAAAUCUUAGGACCCGAUGCCCACGUCAAGCUGGGGCUCAACUCCGUGGGUGGCAAAUCGUCAACUCAGCUGGCCCGCAAGCUGGACGUUAACGCCACGAUGUUGACUUAUGGUGGAAUGGCCAAGCAGCCCAUUACUUUGCCUCCAUCUUUGCAUAUCUUCAAAGGUUUGAAGAGUUUGGGUUUCUGGGUCACCAAAAACUCCAUAGAAGACCCCGAAAACAAGCGUGAGACCGUGGAAACUGUGGCCCGUUUGUAUGCAGAAGGUAAGCUCAUUUCACCUGAGGAAAAGGUCACAAAGCUCGAGUGGGACCCUGUGUCUACCCCAGAUGACAAGGCGCUCGAGUUGAUCAAGCAGGGUAUCACUCACAAGGGCAAUAAGAAUGUGGUGGUGCUUAAAUGGUGA